AUGCACGAGCGUAUGCGCUAUGAUGAUAUCGCCUGGGAGAGAAGUGAGGCACAGUUCGAGGCCUGGUCCAAGAAGUUUUAUCAGGAGGACAUAUUAAGAGAAAUCGGCAACUUUAUGGCCAAACAUCGAGGCGGUGUUCCCAAAGAGCUUUGCUCUCCCGUUGCGGGAGCCUUCAAUGUCUGUCUUCAAAUGAAGUUUGGAGAUGGUGGAUCAGCAAUAAUACGGUUCCCCCAGCCGGGCAAUGUCAGGUUCCCUAAAGAGAAGCUCCUCAAGGAAGUGGCCGUUAUGCGAUAUGUGGCCGAAAAUACCUCGAUACCUGUGCCGUUUGUUCUACACUACGGCAUGGCAGACGAAUCGCCUGCCGGGAUGGGCCCGUUCAUCCUAACGGAGCAUAUUAGACAUGAGCACAAUGUCACAGCUGCGCUCAACACACCCGGUUUCGUCAGAAAAGACCGGCCGAUCCUCAAUCCCCAGAUACCAGAGACAGAGCUUAAAUUCAUCUACAGCCAAAUGGCCGAUGUCCUGCUCCGACUCUCUCAGCCCUCUUUUAGUCAGAUAGGAUCAAUAGGAGAGGACGCUGAAUAUUGUCGACGCAAGUACGUUGCGCGACACCUGUUCCGCAAAUUUGCCAGAGAUGGCCGCCUUUCUAGCGCUCACAGCCUAGAUGCAAACCCUUUCAAACUAUUCUGUGAUGACCUUCGCCCGUCGAAUGUACUUGUAGAUGCUGAUUGCAGGGUCGUUGGUGUUAUAGACUGGGAAUUCUCAUAUGCUGCCCCUGCCGAGUUUACUUACAGCCCUCCCUGGUGGUUGCUUAUUGAAACCCCUGAGAAAUGGCCUAAAGGAGUCUCAGAUUGGGUGAAAGAAUAUGAGCCAAGGCUUAAGACCUUUCUGGAAGAACUUACCGCGAGAGAGGACAUUAUGAUUAGCGACGGAAGUCUGGCAGAAGACCAGCGUUUGUCAGGCCGAAUGAGGGAGAGCUGGGAGUCAGGGGCAUUUUGGAUAAGUUAUGUGGCGCGGAAGAGUUGGGCGUUUGAUAUGAUAUUCUGGGAGCAAAUCAACUCGAGAUUCUUUGGCGACAAUAGUGGGUAUGAGGACAGAGUCAAGCUACUUUCUCAAGAAGAAAGGGAUGGCAUGGAAGAAUUCGUAGAGAGGAAACUGAAUGAUGCUAAGACGCGAGAUUUAGAUGACUGGGAGAAAGAUGAGGCCAACAGGCUCACGUCUGCAUUUAUCUCGACAUAG